AUGGAUGCUCGGAGGUCGACAACCACCUGCUCCGCUCAUAACACCGAGGACACCAACCGUCGGAAGGUGCUGGCCGCUAUCCCCCUUGUCGGCCUUGCCUUCGGCAGCGUACAGAGUGCCAGCGCCAACAUCACCGCUGGCAAGAGCUCCACGAAGGCCUCGGCUGACGGUUACAACAUGACUGGGAUCAAGCGUCAAGGCCUCACCAAGGCCCAGAAGAGGGAGAUCCUGGACCGCAAGCGCGCGAGCGCCCAGGAGUAG